UCUUAUCUCUCUCUUAUUUGGUUCAUCUUCUCUCUGGCCUCUCUCUACACCACAACACGUACACAGACCUUAUUCCUCUUUCUUACUCAAGGCUCUGCCUUCCUUGUCAUCUUGUUGCCGAAUCCGCUUAAUCUGCUUUACCCACGAAGAGGUUUAAUAAAGUUUCGACCUUUACUUGAUUUUAACGACUCUGGAUUUUGGGUUUUUGUUUUUCGAUCCAUGGGUUCGUAUCCGGAUGGGUUCCCUGGAUCCAUGGACCAGUUCGAUUUCACUAGCGAGUUUGAUUUGCCUGCCUCAAACGAUGCCUUAGGUUCAGCUGCUACUAAUGGAUUCUAUCUAGAUGAGCCUUUCUUAAAUUUCGCAUCCAUGGAUCCUCCUCCUCCACAGUCUUAUCCCCAUAACAACAACAACAACAAAGCUGCAUCAGGAGGAGAUCUGUUAUCAUCCCCAUCUGAUGACGCUGAUUUCUCGGAUUCGGUUUUGAAGUAUAUUAGCCAAGUUCUUAUGGAAGAGGACAUGGAAGAGAAGCCUUGUAUGUUUCAUGACGCCUUGGCUCUUCAAGCUGCUGAGAAAUCUCUCUAUGAGGCCCUUGGCGAAAAGUACCCUUCUUCUUCUUCCCCUGCUUCUAUCGACCAUCCUGAUAAAUUGACUCAUGAUAGCCCUGACGGUUCUUGUUCAGGUGGUGCCUUUAGUGAUUACGCUAGCACCACCACUACUACUUCCUCUGAUUCACACUGGAGUGUUGAUGGUUUUGAGAAUAGAUCUUCUUGGUUACAGUCACCUAUGCCGAGUAAUUUUGUUUUCCAGUCCACUUCUAGGUCCAACAGUGUCACGGUUGGUGGUGUUGGUAAUAGGUCAGGUUUUGGCGAUGAUUUGGUUUCUAAUAUGUUUAAAGAUAGUGAGUUGGCUAUGCAGUUCAAGAGAGGGGUGGAGGAAGCGAGUAAGUUCCUUCCUAAAUCUUCUCAGCUCUUUAUCGAUGUGGAUAGUUACAUCCCGAGUAAUUCAGGUUCCAAGGAAAAUGGUUCUGAGGUUUUUGUUAAGACGGAGAAGAAGGAUGAGACAGAACAUCAUAGCUCUGCUCUUCCCCCAAACAGAUUGACUGGAAAGAAAAGCCAUUGGCGUGACGAUGAUGAGGAUUCUGUUGAAGAAAGAAGUAACAAGCAAUCAGCUGUUUAUGUUGAGGAAAGUGAGCUUUCUGAAAUGUUUGAUAAGAUCUUGGUAUGUGGCCCUGGGAAACCUGUAUGCAUUCUUGACCAGAAGUUUCCAGCAGAGCCUGCCAAUGUUGAGACGGCACAGCAAGUUGCGGUGCAGUCAAAUGGAGCAAAGAUUCGUGGGAAGAAAUCAACUGCUACUACUAGUCUAAGUAACGAUUCAGGGAAGAAAGAAACUGCUGAUUUGAGGACUCUUUUGGUGUUAUGUGCACAAGCUGUAUCAGUGGAUGAUCGUAGAACCGCCAAUGAAAUGCUAAGACAGAUAAGGGAGCAUUCUUCGCCUCUAGGCAACGGAGCAGAGAGACUGGCUCAUUAUUUUGCUAAUAGUCUUGAAGCACGCUUAGCUGGGACUGGUACACAGAUAUACACCGCUUUAUCUUCAAAGAAAACAUCUGCAGCAGACAUGUUGAAGGCUUACCAGACAUACAUGUCGGUCUGUCCGUUCAAAAAAGCUGCUAUCAUAUUUGCUAACCACAGCCUGAUGCGUUUCACUGCAAACGCCAACACGAUCCAUAUAAUAGAUUUUGGGAUAUCUUACGGUUUUCAAUGGCCUGCUCUGAUUCAUCGCCUCUCGCUCAGGCCUGGUGGUUCGCCUAAGCUUCGGAUUACCGGUAUAGAGCUUCCUCAACGCGGUUUCAGACCAGCGGAAGGAGUUCAGGAGACUGGUCAUCGCUUGGCUCGAUACUGUCAGCGACACAAUGUUCCGUUUGAGUACAACGCAAUUGCUCAGAAAUGGGAAACGAUCAAAGUUGAAGACUUAAAGCUUCGACAAGGAGAGUUUGUGGCUGUAAACUCUUUGUUCCGUUUCAAGAACCUUCUAGAUGAGACCGUUCUGGUAAACAGCCCGAGAGAUGCUGUUUUGAAGCUGAUAAGAAAAGUAAACCCAAAUGUCUUUAUCCCGGCGAUCCUAAGCGGAAACUACAACGCGCCAUUCUUUGUCACAAGGUUCAGAGAAGCGUUGUUUCACUACUCGGCUGUGUUUGAUAUGUGUGACUCGAAGCUAACGAGGGAAGACGAGAUGAGGCUGAUGUUUGAGAAGGAGUUUUAUGGGAGAGAGAUUGUUAAUGUUGUGGCUUGUGAAGGAACGGAGAGAGUGGAGAGACCAGAGACGUAUAAGCAGUGGCAGGUGAGGUUGAUCAGAGCCGGAUUUAGACAGCUUCCGCUUGAGAAGGAACUGAUGCAAAAUCUGAAGUUGAAAAUCGAUAACGGGUACGAUAAAAACUUCGAUGUUGAUCAAAACAGUAAUUGGUUGCUUCAAGGUUGGAAAGGUAGGAUUGUGUAUGCUUCAUCUAUUUGGGUUCCUUCGUCUUCAUAGAUGUUCUUUCUGCGUCCUAAGCGACUGAGGGUUUUAUGUAGGGCUUUUUCUGUUGAUAGUCUCUCGCCAACACGAGUGGAUUAAGUUCAGAGUUAGGUUCUUGGACACUAGGGGUAUUGUUGUUAUAUGCUUGUGACAUAGCGCGUUUGUUUGUAAGAGUAUAACAUAUGAGAGAGAUAUAGUAGUGUACUCAGUGCAUGAUCUUUUGCUAUAUAUGUUCAUGUAAUCUUUUGUUGCAUAAAUAAUGAAAUGUUACAUAUUUU